AUAUCUAAAACUCGAAGAAACAGAGAGUUUUUUCUUGUGUUUUGGGGAUUAAGGAAGCUAUUUCUGUUCUCGUCGAGUUUCAGGUCUAGCCCUAACCCUAAAAUUUAGCCAUGUCGUCCAAGCAAGGAGGGAAAUUGAAGCCUUUGAAGCAGCCCAAGUCUGGUAAGAAGGAGUACGAUGAGCACGACAUGGAGUUACUGCAGAAAAAGAAGGAUGAAGAGAAGGCACUUAAAGAACUCAGGGCCAAGGCUUCACAAAAGGGAUCAUUCGGAGGCACAGGACUUAAGAAGAGUGGAAAGAAAUAAGACUAAUCUGCCUCAAAUGUAAUCUCAAAUCUCCUAUCCUAUGUAUGCUUUUCAAUGUACCAUGACUAGAAGUAAAUAUAAAUCUAAGACUUGCAC